CAUACUGACAACCAAGUAAAGAGCCACUUGCUGGUUGCCUAAUGAUAUUUGGCUUGGCUGUGUUGUAGCCUCUCUGGAGUCUGGUUCAAACCAACCUGUCUGAAGGUGCAGUGAGUCUGGGAAGAGGCUGGGAAAUUGCAGUGUGAAAGGGCUCUCACAGGGAUGAGGAGGGGGGACCCUCACAGAACACCAGAAAAACCAGCUGCUGCUGGCCAGCAUUAUAAGCCACCUCUUCUCUGCAGUCCCACAGUAAUCUGGCCUGCAUCCUUCUUCCUGAAGGUGUAGUCCAGAAAGAGCAUACUUGGAAGAGCCAACAGCCUUGUGUCUUUGGACCCACCAACUGGCCACAGUCCCUGCAGAAUGUCCAACCAGGAUCUGAGUAUUGCAGCAAAACUCAUCAAUGGAGGUGUGGCAGGGCUCGUGGGGGUGACCUGUGUGUUCCCCAUCGACUUGGCCAAGACACGACUGCAGAACCAGCAUGGAAAAGACAUGUACAAAGGAAUGAUAGAUUGCCUAAUGAAGACAGCACGUGCAGAGGGCUUCUUGGGCAUGUACAGAGGGGCUGCAGUAAACCUCACCUUAGUCACUCCAGAGAAGGCCAUCAAACUGGCAGCCAACGAUUUCUUCCGGCAGCUGCUCAUGGAAGAUGGAAUGCAGCGGAACCUGAAGAUGGAGAUGCUGGCUGGCUGUGGGGCUGGCAUGUGCCAAGUGGUGGUUACCUGCCCCAUGGAAAUGCUCAAGAUUCAGCUGCAGGAUGCUGGACGCUUAGCUGCCCCUCAUCAGAGCUCGACCUCGGCACCUUCCUCUUCCAGGUCCUAUACUACUGGUUCUGCUUCCACUCACAAACGCCCAUCCGCCACUCUCAUUGCUUGGGAGCUACUCCGCACUCAGGGCCUGGCUGGUCUCUAUAAAGGCCUGGGUGCCACUCUCCUCAGAGAUAUUCCAUUCUCCAUCAUCUACUUCCCAAUGUUUGCCAACCUGAACAACCUUGGGGUCCAUGAGCUUACUGGGAAGGCCUCCUUUGCUCAUUCCUUCGUGUCAGGCUGCAUUGCAGGUUCCCUGGCUGCCGUUGCAGUCACACCCCUGGAUGUUCUGAAAACUCGAAUCCAAACCCUCAAGAAAGGCCUGGGGGAGGAUGUCUACAGUGGGAUCAUGGAUUGUGCCAGGAAACUCUGGAUUCAGGAAGGACCAUCUGCCUUCAUGAAGGGAGCAGGCUGCCGGGCUCUUGUCAUAGCACCCCUCUUUGGGAUUGCCCAGGGUGUCUAUUUCAUUGGAAUAGGAGAGCAUAUCUUAAAGUAUUUUGAAUAGCUGCAUCUGGAUCAUAGUCCCUUAUUUGCUACCACCUCUCUAGCCUGUUUCACUAGUCUAAGUGAAGGGUGCGGGGUAAAGGUAGCCCCCACAUUGUAUUUUGGCCUCUAACUUGUAGUGCUACCUCAGUCUUAGAAAAAACAACCCUAUUUUAAUAAGGCAGGUUCAGUGUAUCCUUUUUCUCCCUUUAUGAAACCUACAUUCAUUUUCUUGCUACCAGGGACCCUUAGAAACAUCUGAUCACCUAAUUCUUAGUACUUUCACCUAAUACUUAGUACUAUUCUUAGUACUCACUUUUGAAUUACAGACCUUCACAGACAGUAAAGACAGAAGGGCUGUUUCUGCAAUUUAACAUUUCUAUUUCACAAACUUGAGUCAGUUUGAAGACUUAGUUUUGUUAAAUAAUUUAGUUAGUCCAAGCACUGAUGAUGAAGAAAAGGAGGAUCAAGUCCAAGAGCUGAGGUACAGCUCAGUGGUAGAGCACUUGCCUAACGUGUGAGGCCCUGGGUUCCAUUAUUAGCACCACAAACAAGAAAAGUCCAAUGGGGACAAAACCAGCGCCUUGGUUGAACCAGGCACCCACUUGCACAUCACAGAUGGCUAAGUGGACCUAACUGAACAGCGUGGUCAAGUCCAGACAGCCAUCCUGCCCCCAAAUCCUUCUCCUGGAGCAUGGAUUCUCACAGACCUUUCCCAAUGGCUGUACAUGGGGAUCAUAUGAAA